AUGGCUCGUGGCGAAAGUAAACCCCACCAUUUGUCUCUCCAGGGCACGGGUGAUGAGUACCAGCAGCUUUACUGUUCUCUUUGCGACGUGUAUGCGUACUCGAAGAAUCUCCUUCGCCAACAUAUGGAGUCUUCCAAUAACCACCCUCGAUGCGAACUUUGUUCCAAAAGUUUCUUGAACAUGAACUCAUUAAGACGUCAUUACCUCUUAUCCAAUCGUCAUCAGUACUGCGCUACCUGCGAUAAAUCUUUCGAUAGUGCCUUAGCACUUAGAAUCCACAAUGCACACGCCACGUACCAUCGCGACGAGCGUAACGAAGAUGAAGACACACUGUAUGUUGUUGAACGUCGUCACAAAGGUUGGGAAAAUAGAGUCGCUGCGGAAAUGACACGUCGAGAAAAUGUCGAGGACGAAAUACUCGUUGAUGAUUCGGAGACACUCUCGCAAGUAACAGUUGGCAAAAGAAUUUUGGAGCUUAAAACCCGAAUGCGUAAUCACAAGCAGUUGGACUCGAAAGUGUUGAAGCAAACUUGUCCGAUCUGUCUACUUGUUCCGAGGAAAAUGUGUGCUACCCGCUGCGGGCAUAUGUUCUGUUCAACUUGUAUCACGCAUGCCUUUGAACAUGGACAUGGCUGUCCAACUUGCCGUAAAUUAGGAGUCUCUUCACAAUUACGAAGAGUCGAUCUCACUGUUUGUUAA